AUGUCUGAAACUUUCCUUUUCACCUCCGAGUCUGUUGGCGAGGGCCACCCUGAUAAGAUCUGUGACCAAGUCAGUGACGCUAUCUUGGAUGCUUGUUUGGCUGUCGACCCAUUGUCCAAGGUUGCUUGUGAGACCGCUGCUAAGACCGGUUUGAUCAUGGUUUUCGGUGAGAUCACCACCAAGGCUCAAUUGGACUACCAAAAGAUCAUCAGAGACACCAUCAAGCACAUUGGUUACGACCACUCCGAGAAGGGUUUCGACUACAAGACCUGUAACGUCCUUGUCGCCAUUGAGCAACAAUCCCCAGAUAUCGCUCAAGGUUUGCACUACGAGAAGGCUUUGGAGGACUUGGGUGCUGGUGACCAGGGUAUCAUGUUCGGUUACGCCACCGACGAGACCGAGGAGAAGUUGCCUUUGACCAUCUUGUUGUCCCACAAGUUGAACAAGGCUUUGGCUGAUGCCAGAAGAUCCGGUGAGUUGGGUUGGUUGCGUCCUGACACCAAGACCCAGGUUACCGUUGAGUACCUCAAGGAUGGUGGUGCUGUUAAGCCAUUGAGAGUUGACACUGUUGUCAUCUCCACCCAGCACGCUGAGGAGAUCUCCACCGAGGACUUGAGAAAGGAGAUCUUGGAGAAGGUCAUCAAGAGAACCAUCCCAGCUAACUUGUUGGAUGACAAGACCAUUUACCACAUUCAACCAUCUGGCAGAUUCGUCAUUGGUGGUCCACAAGGUGACGCCGGUUUGACCGGUAGAAAGAUCAUUGUCGACACCUACGGUGGUUGGGGUGCUCACGGUGGUGGUGCUUUCUCUGGUAAGGACUUCUCCAAGGUCGACAGAUCUGCUGCUUACGCUGCCCGUUGGGUCGCUAAGUCCCUUGUCCACGCCGGUUUGGCCAGAAGAGCUCUUGUUCAAUUCUCUUACGCCAUCGGUGUUGCUGAGCCAUUGUCCAUCCACGUUGAGACCUACGGUACUUCCGAGCUCAACUCCGAGCAAUUGGUUGAGGUCAUCAGAAACAACUUCGACUUGAGACCAGGUGUCAUUGUCAAGGAGUUGGAUUUGGCCAGACCAAUCUAUUUCAAGACCGCUUCCUACGGUCACUUCACUAACCAAGAGAACCCUUGGGAACAACCAAAAGAAUUGAAGUUGUAA